CUCUCAUGCUAGUGAGACUUUUCCAGUACAAUUAUUCAUGUGACAGAUGUUCAGUUUCUUGUGUUUAAAUGUCAGUGUCUAAUUUCUAGUGUUUAAAAUGUCGGUGUUUAUUAUCUAGUGUUUAAUUGCGAGUGUUUAGGAAAACAAAUGUUGGCAAAUAAGUAUUUGUAUUUCAAUCUGUCGUGAUUUUCUCCAAUGAGUUCAUGUAUAUUUUUUUUUCCGGACGUUAAAGUGAUCUAUCGUUUCAAAGAGUCGCUGUCAAAUCAUCUCAAGAUUUAAGACUGUGUAUGAUAUAACAGAGAUCUCUAGAGACAAGAUUCUAACUCAGUUGUCAGGGAACCUGAAAAUAUUAGGUGAAAUGAAUUUAUGUUUUUAAUCGAAGGCGUUUUCUUUUUUGGUGGUCUUAUUGUGAUCUAUAAUGUCAUGAAGGCAUUGUAAAAAUUUGACAUGAAUUUGACUCUGGAUCAAAUACACACAUGCACACACGGCAUUUAGACCAUAUAUACACAUAGAUACAAACACACACACACAUACGCAUACACUAACGCAGAUACACACAGAUACACACAGACGCACACAGACGCAUAUAUAUAUAUAUAUAUAUAUAUAUAUAUAUAUAUAUGUAUAUAUAUUCGCUUAAACCUUACUUUCACCUUAAUGCAGCUUCAUUGAGUUACCCAAUCAAUAGUUCAUUAAUUUUGGUAUCGAAUUAUGUAAGGUAUGUACGCUUAGGGGCAAAAGAACACUUUGAACAAAAAAAACAAAAACAAAAAAAAAAAAAAACAAAAAAAAAAAAAGAAAAAAAAAGACCAAAAUUUAGCCAUUGUCGUGGUACUAAUUAUAGAAUCUGAAAUCCCCCAUUGAAUUUAUUUAACGGUCAACAGGGUUUCUUAUUCUAUAAAUAGUAUCAAUAUUAUUGUUGAAUCUGAAAUUGCCGCUGAAUCUAUUAAUAGAUCUUCCAAAAGCGGCGCUUACAGAGUUGUGGGCUCUCAAAUAAAGAUUUUCUUGUUAAUAUAUUAUACAUACUCAUGUCCGCCUGACCGCCAGCCUUACUGGGCCGGUCCGCCAGCCUUACUGGGCCGGUCCGCACAAAAUAAAUAUUUAUGAUCGAACAAAAUGGGGAAAAUUUAAUUUAUAAAUCUGGCACCGGUCCCUGGUGCAAUUGCAAAAUGCGUCCACCGGUCCACCAAACUUAAAAGUUGGGGAAGCGCUGCUCUAUGGUGCACAUGCAAUGUAUUACUAUCGAGCAACCACUUCAUACAUGUCUUAUUAUUAUAUCCACAUACAGAUCAACAUAUCUACAUGCCCAUCAAUAUUACUAUAUACACAUACCGAUCACUAUAUCCACAUGCCCAUCAAUAUUUUCACAUACCCAUCAAUAUUUCCACAUACCCAUCAAUAUACCAACAUUCAAAUAAGCACAUCCACAUGCCGAUCAACCAUAUCCACUCGCAUUAUGCAACUCUUGAUAUUUCCAUUCCCUCCUUUAUAUUUUUUUCCUCCACAGAAGGCCGUCAAAAGACUUACGAAAAAUCCCGCAAGACAAUCUUUCAGACAGACUCCCCCCCCUACCACCCCCACCCCCCCCCACCCGCACAGCUGGAUAACUUUCCAACAUGUCCAACUUAUCCAGUGGAUUGGAGCGUCGUCGGUCAAGAGCCGACAGUAAGCAGAUACUUUCUAUCUCUGUCUCUCUCUGUCUCUCUCUCCGACUCUCUCUCCCCCUUUCUCCCUCUCUCCUUCUUAUCUCCCUCUCAUUCUCUUUGUCUCUCUCCCUCACUCCUUCCCCAUCUCUCUCUCUCUCUCUCUCUCUCUCUGUGUCUCUCUCUCUGUCUCUCUCUCCGACUCUCUCUCCCUUUCUCUCUCCCUUUCUCCCUCUCUCCUUCUUUAUCUAUAUCUCCCUCUCAUUCUCUUUGUCUCUCUCCCUCACUCCUUCCUUCCCUCUCUCUCUCUCUCUCUCUCUCUCCCUUUUUUUUCUCUCAGUAAGAUAGCAAAUAAGAUGAAACUCGGGCGUUUCUAGACACACAUUAUUUUAUUACAAUUUUUGUUGACUUGUGUGCUUUUCUGAAAAUAACCCUAAAAUUUCUGGCCUUAAGUCUUCAUUCACCCCUCGGUCACGUCGGCGAUUUUGGGACUGCAAAACUAUGUAGAACAAAGUCGUAGCAAAACAUCUCAUAAAUUAAUCAGCUUUAUUCCAGACUUGAAAACAAACCAAAAAAGAAUUGUACUUCAAACUUAAUGCAUCGAUUUUGUUCGCAAUUUGCGAAUGCUGAUUUUCAACAUGAAGACAAGACUUGCGUCAAUGUCUUUCGGGACAAUCUAUUUCUAUUUCAAAAUUCAGCAAAUAUUUCUAAGCAAUGACAAGCGUAAGCUUAAACGGACUAACGAGUUAUUCCAUGAUAAUUACCAAUCGAUCAAGUCGUCCUUUCACCGAUUUACCAAUCAUUGAUUCAUCAAUUGAACAAAAGUCAUCCGCGUGUUCCAUCUUUUCCUCUCCCCCCCCCCCCCACNCACAUCCUCUAAGCGGCAUACAUUCGAUGUGUUCAUUCACCCAUCCUUUCAAUUCAUUCACCAAGCAAACCCCCCCCCCCCGCUGGAUGCAUGGUCUUUACCUAUCAAUCACCUUCUGUUUGUAUGUAAGUUUGUUAUAUUUAACAAUUAAAUGUUUGUUGUCUCAUCUUAAGUAUCAUUCCUCGAACUAAAAAUCGCUGACAUUCCACAGGAACUGACCGAGGUAAAGAAAGCAUUUUGUUAGAGAUUAUUGGUCUUCCAAUUCUGAUUGGACAAGCUGGUAAAGUCCUUGUCCGUGUGAAGGUAAUAUAAAUUUUAACAAGAAUUUUGAAUCAGUAUUAUUUUGAAAUUGUCCCGGACGUGUAGAUCUCCUUGCUUAAUGGAUGUGGCAACGAAUGCAACGAUACGGGGGGGGGGGGGGGGGGGGGGUGGGGGGCAGUCUCAAUUUAGGUGCUUCUUCCCCCCGCCCCCCCCCCAAAAAAAAGUAAAUAUUAAUACACUUAUAUUUUAGGGCAAUUUUGGCACCUACUAUGAAGCCGCGAGGGGCUAGUUUCCCCUUCAAACUCCCUCGCACGGUCCUGAGUGGUAUUUGUCCGAAUCAUGACCUCUACUCGGAUAUUCGUAACUGACAUUGAUCAAGCCAUUUAAACAUUUGAUAUACAUGCAGGUCAAUAUUUACCCAUAAGAAAACAAAAUGUUUUAGAAAACUAAACCAGUCAUUAGUAGUUCGUGACCGAAAGGAUAUCAAAAAACAAAUUAAAGGUACAGAGAAAAGUACUAUUGAACAAUACUCCCCGAAUGCCGUCACGAUAACAUUUCAACAGAAUGUUGUUGUUGUACUUAAGGUCAAACAAGCGACUAACAAAAAUCCUGUUCACAAGUCUUUGUUAAACUAAAAAUUCCGCUAGUCAAUGGAUAACUGCAAUGGCUGAGGGUGUGAACUGAGUGCAUUCGUUUUGCACGCCUUUCUCUUUUGUCUCCAUUUUGACGAUAGGCAAGAAAAUGGAAGAGAAACGAAUGUGUUACAUUUUUGUAUCGUCACUGGCGACACAUUGCGCCAUUUUGCUCAGUUUGGUUCCACUAGGUGCAACAAUAAUGGAGGCUUUGCAAUUGCUCUUACUGUUUUGGAUGAAAAGGAAACGUCGAACCCCAAAACGUUACGGGACACACAGAAAUUUUAAACGAAGAGGUAAUUUUGGAGAAUAUCAUCAUCUUCUGUAUGAAGUUUUAAGAGAUGAAGAAAAAUGUGUUUCCUAUAUUCGGAUGCGCCUUGAAACUUUUCAAAUCCUUCUUGAUCAUUUUGGACCUCAUAUUGAGAAAAGAACAACGAAUUUUCGAAAACCUUUGUCUUCAAGAGAAAGACUUGUGAUAACUCUACGGUAAGUGACACAUUGACGAUGACUAAUGACAAAAACAUAAUUUAGGGGAGGUAGACAGAUAGGCUGACGGGUGGGUUGAAAGAUGGAUAGAUGGAUGAUAGAUUGACACUAUAAAUUUGCAGCAAAACAAGUGUUGAUGGACAUUUUUGCGGCUGGUCUAAUCACUUGCUGAGAGUAAAUUGGGAGAAAUUUGAGUUGCGAGUUAAAAUGUUCGGGUUCGAUUCAGCAAAUGGGAGCGGCAAAAAAAAGAGAGGAACGCGAGAGGGGUGCACUCCGUUGCCUAGAUUGAAAUAUGAGACUUUGGGUAUGAACUGAGUGCAUUCGUGUUCCUCUCCGCUUCGUGAUAGUCCCAGCUUGACCUUUGCUCUCAGUUGCCGAAUCACCGGAAGAGUCUCAUAUUUCAAUCUAGGAAACGGAGUGCGCCCCUCUCGCGUUCCUCUCUUGCCUAGAUUGAAAUAUGAGACUCUUCCGGUGAUUCGGCAACUGAGAGCAAAGGUCAAGCUGGGACCAUCACGAAGCGGAGAGGAACACGAAUGCACUCAGUUCACAGGUUAAUUCAAAUAUCGCCCGUCUAUAUAAUGCAAAGAAGUGCUGCUUAUGGGAUGAAUGUCCCUCUUCAAUCCCCCCCACGCCCCCACCAGCCCUUUCUUCCACCACUUUAUCCACCAUGGAACAUGCAAGGCUUUGUGAUCUUGCGAUUUUGUCAACUGAAAUUGCUAAGGUAAAGCGAGUUGAUUUUGGUAAAGGUAUUGAGAUGUUUGUAUCGGUGAGGACGGGUAAAGAAGAAUUUCAACCGCAAGGCACAGUGUUCCUAUUUCUUUAGUUUUAGUUUUAUUUUGUUGUUUUUGUUUUUUUUGUUGUUGUUGUUUGUUGUUGUUGUUUUAUGUUUUUUUUCUUUGUUGUUGUUGUAAAAGUAUAUAUUUUUUCUAUUUCUAAACGCUGUGACCUACUUAAUUUACCAUCAAUGCUGUAAGUGGCUCCGUAUAAUGUCCCUCGUUAACCUUGGAUUAAAAACUCAUCUCAGAGAAGGUAAGCUCUGAAAUGAACUCCAGUGACGUCACUGCGUUAGAGUUACCCUCGCAUUUUGUUAAUGAUUAUUUCUGUAUAAUUGUCUCGACAUUUUAAAAAAAAAAAUUGUGUUUUAUGACUACAAUUUACGCAGAGUUCAUUAUUGAAUAUAUUCAAUUAUUGAGUUGUCGAAAUUUUAAUAUACAUAUACAUCAAUGUUAUUACUAAGCUGAUUACCAGUAAUUGUCUGUACACAGGAUGCAAAUGAUGUCACUACAUACGUCAAAUUCGAUCUACUCAGAGUUUUAGAGAACUUGGCUCUGAUGAAAAUGGGCAAUUGUAUCCUUCUGCAUGAGGCACAAUGGAAAUCCAGCGACCAUGACGUCCUUGACAUUGGCUUUCUAGACACGUUUGAAUUCACGGAAAUGGACUAAUGUUACACCUGGCUACGUUCCCCAAAAAGGGAAACAAAGGUUUAAAUAACAGAGCAUUUCAAGACUUGCGGCUGAGACCAACAAAAAAAUCUAAUGAUCGUCCAUCUAACAGAGAUCUAAUGACAUAUUUUCAUACGACCUGAUUGAUAGAUUAUGUUAUGAGUUUGGAUCAUCACACAGUGAAGAAAAUUGUAUAUAAUAAUUGACGUGACAGUUAUUGACGCACUCAGCCAUAGUAUUGCAUUACCAGCAUGCUCUCCACCCCCCACCCCCCAACCCCUAAAGUCACAAAUCUUAAUGAGAACUAAUAAAACCCUGAUAUGGCUAAGAGAACUCACGGAAUGGCUGCUUGUGAAAAAAUGUAUUACAAAUGUCUUGUGUUCAAAUUGUUUUUUAUACGUGCU